AUGUGCGAAUCCCAGCACUCACCUUACGAGGGUGCAUCCACGCCUCAGAAUCAGCUGGAACCGGUCUUGCUAGAACAUGCAGCGAAGCAUGGGGUCGAUAUUCGCAUGCACCACGAGUUCGUUGGACUGUCUCAAGAUGCGAAAAUCGUGACUGCGAUCAUCAAAGAUAAUGCCGCUGGCUCAAUUUAUACAUCAAAGCGCAGUAUCUUGUGGCAGCCGAUGGCCACCGCAGCGCUGUUCGCGAGACCUUAG